AUGUUUUAUGAAUACUUCGAAAAGGGUGGAUCCCGCCAACCGAAUUAUUAUUGGAUCAAAGAGGACACUUUUCUCAUGAUUAUGUCCCUUCCAAACACGCUGAGCUUCGCUGCAUAUCUUCUUGCCAAUUUUGGAUUUGCAAUAUAUCGAACUUGUAUUGUAUUUGAUCUCUUGCGAUAUUGUUUGAGAAUCGUUCAAAUGGUCACCUUAUACCUCCCUUGGAUUCUAGCCAUUUAUACUGUAAUCGAUACAACAUCUAGAGGAUGUAUAAAACGGUUCAAUCGUUGGUUCAUAGGAUACACAUACAACUGUUCUAGUUGUAAUCUUCAUCGAUGUAAACUUCUACGCAGGACAAGUUUUCCCAUUCUUAUGUGCAUUAUGUAUGGAGUUAUGAUAGCCAACAUCUACUGGAAAAAGACGCAUAGCAAUGGAAAGUCGAAAAAGUUUCAAGCAUUUGAUGUCAAAUUGGCAUUUCAAUACCUUCUAGUCUGCUUGAUUCAAUAUCUUGCUUCAUUUCUCUUUUACAUAGUACCAAAAGUUGGAAACGGAAGCCUGAUUGCUCUAAUUGCAAUGAAUAUCAUAGGAGUCAUAGACAUGGGGCUUAAUCCCCUCAUUCUUCUUAUUUUCAAUGCAAGGAUACGUUUCUCCACUGCACUUCUUUUUCAAUUCAUUCCCUGCUUACGAGUCAAACAAGCCAAUUUGGUCAAUGUGACGGUAGUUAUGAAAAGAAAACCGCCAGAAGUUUUCAGAAAUGGACGAGAACUGAGAUUUUUCGCUUUUCGAAGCGAUUUUUCAAGGUUUUUCGGAGUCCGACUACAAACAAAACAAUAUGAAUCGAAAUAUAAUCUGUUACCAAUCAGAAACAACAAAGAAAACAAGAACGAAAUAAGAAAUUCUGUCACUUGUAUACAUUUUCAAUUCAAUCUCCGCCUGAUUAAACACAUUCUCAAAAGGUGUAACUGCUCAUUCUGGGAUCUCGAAGAAGCCAUUGUGUACGGAUAUGAUGUCUCCUUUUCCACUUCUCUUCUUCCAACGGCUUCAACGAAAAUUAGUAUUUUCAUAAUUUUCAUAAAUGUUGGAUCUAUUCGUAUAAUGAACUACAUUCCACCUUUGUGUCCUUGGGCUAUGAGACAGUAUCCAGAACCUUCUCAAUCGAUAUCUCUUUUAUACAUCGAACAAUAUCUCAAGUUUUCAAAAUGCUUUAUUUUCUGCUUCAUGAUGAUCAACAGGGCGAACAGUGUCCUAUGUCCAAUGACAUUUACGACGAUCCAGAGAUGUAUCAUUCCUCACGUUGUAAUAUUCUCCAUUCUGACUCCUUCUAUCGGAGUCUGGACAGUUUUCUUAUCUGAAAGUCAGUUUGUUCCUUUCCAAGGUGGAUUCACUCCUGAGACCAAGAUGGCUUACAAUUGGAUAACCGUCUCUCAAUUCUCGGUAAUCAUCUCAUCGAUAACAAUUUGUGUAGCCGUGAUAUGCUCACUGAUUUCUAUGGUUUGCAUGUCAAGGACUCGAUCUGAAAACAAACACACUCAACAAUCCUUAACAGCGUCUGCUCUUUGUCAGAGCAUCUUCUAUGUUCUCGUUCAUUCAAUGGAGAUAUACUUCCACAAAUCCAAGCCAUCUUCUUUAGAAACAGCAGAAUUCUGGAACGCUCUGACAGCCUUCUCAUUCGAUAUCCUCUUGGUUAGCCCUCCAAUUAUAAUGCUUUGUUUGAAUGUCCGGCUUCGAGUGGACGUUUUUGUUGGAGAUAGUGGAAAUCCUUUGACUUCUCCAAAAUAA